AUGCCGCCGUUUGGGGACCGUUUUCCCACGGGAGCUUCCGAGCUAAAUCGCGUGUUGCGUGCCGUCGGUGGUUUGGGUGCUGCGUCCUUUUUUCCCUUCUACACGAUCGGCCGCAUCGCCAACGUGCCGUGCACGUCCCCGUCCGGCUUAUCGGGAACCUGUCUGAUCGCUGGCGAGUGCAAAGAUAAUGGUGGCCUCGCGUCGGGCUCGUGCAGUACCCGCACCAACCAGGCCGUCUGCUGUGUUUAUACGCAAUCGUGCGGUGGCUCGACGAAUCUGAACAGCACGUACUUUACCAACAACGGCUAUCCGGGGCCGUACAAUGGCGGUGGAACUUGUUCCUUUACGGUGUCGCCGACGUCCGGGAUUUGCCAGCUGCGGAUCGACUUCCGGACGCUGUCGCUGGUGCAGCCGACGGGAGAUGGUGCCUGCAACACCGACCGGCUGACGAUCACCGGCGGAAGUCCGUCGGUGGUGCCACUGUGUGGCGAAAACACCGGUCAACAUAUUUAUCUUAAUUUCGUCGGCAGUGGACCGAUCUCGAUUCGGGUGGCGACGGACGGCGGUUCCUCGUUCAAUCGGUUGUGGAACAUGGAGCUGUCGCAGAUCGCGUGUGCCAGCGCGGAUCGUGCCCCGGUCGGGUGUCUUCAGUAUUACAAGGACGAAAGUGGAGAGAUUAGCAGCUUCAACUACGGGCUUGGUGCAAACCCUGGCCUGACGACCGUCGGAACGCGAGGAAGCCGGCAGUUGGCCAACACCAACUAUGGCAUCUGCAUCCGGCCGGCCGCCGCAAGGUGUUCCAUCACGUACUCGCUGCCACCGACUGAUCGGUACGCGUUCACCGUCACGGGAGACGCGUCGGCAAUCGAUCCGGCACUCGUCGGCACACCCGGUGUUGGGAUGACGGGCGCGGCUUGCACGACCGACUACAUCAUCAUACCGAACCCAACCGGUGGCGGAAGCGACCGAUAUUGCGGCCUCGGCAUCGGUGACGUAACAUCAGCUAGUGCGCGACCGUUCGUCGUUUACACGGUGACCAACGGGAACGAGACGCCGGACGUGGCUAACCGUGGCUUCCGGUUGCUGUACGAGCAGAACGCCUGUGCCGCGGUGUGA